AUGUCUCCCGCGGGUCUCAGGCUCCGAACAGGCAUGCCGGCAAGUCCCAAAAACCGCAAGAUCAUGUGGAAGCCCCUCAACCUUGAAGAUGAAGAUGAUGCGCAGGUUAUGGCUGAUCGCCAAGCCGUUCUCAACCUGGUUCGAGAGAUCUAUGACCCCUAUCUCAAGAGAUGCCUCUUGAAAGGCUACGACUGGAAAAUGAUGUUUGUAGGCCGUUAUGCCGAAACAGAGUUUCUUGGAAAAAUGCGCGUUUGUUUCGAUCAGCUGCCCGAAAGAGUCCGCCAAGCUGGAGACAGAAUCCUGGUUGCUAAGAUGAUCCUUGACGUUCUUAAAUUUCAUCGCUUCUCGGAUCCCAGUUGGCGGGUGCCUUUGGGUUACCCGGUUCCUUUAGCUAACCCGGCUCCUUUAGCUUCCUCGGGUCCUUUGGCUCUCCCGGUUGUGCAGUUCCCGGAGGUGUAUUUCCCUGUUGCGGAUUCCCCCAGCCCCACAGUUACCGUUAACUCGGCACCGGCGCCCGAUACUGCGGGCCUAGACAUACUUGCAGAUGCGGCCUCGCGAGCGCCUCGAUGGAUUCCCAGACUUCCACCCCGCAUAACCCGUAACUCGAAUAGCCACCACUUGGGGUGUAUGUGUGGACGUUGUGUUGUUUCUCUUGCUCCGAUCAACAAAUUUUGA